AUGGCAGCUAAGUCCGAGGAGCAAAUUUUACGCUACUCUAUGUUAGAAGAUGACCCUAAUUCAAAUAGCCUGUUCGCUGAAAAGGAGCGUAAGCCUCGAUGGGGACCGCAACAUGCCGGGGCCAAGGAGUUAGCCAGCCUCUACACGACUGUCAUCUUUGAUCUUCAAAAAUUUAAAUCAUCUCUUUUUUUUUUCUCUCUCCUUUCUUUCUCUCUUUUUUUUUUUCUCUUUUUUUUUCUCUCCUUUCUUUUUCUUUUUUUUCUCUCCUUUCUUUCUCUCUUUUUUUUCUCUCUCCUUUCUUUUCUCUUUUUUUUUCUCUCUCCUUUUUUCUCUUUUUUUUUCUCUCCUUUCUUUUCUCUUUUUUUUCUCUCCUUUCUUUCUCUCUUUUUUUUCUCUCUCCUUUCUUUCUCUCUUUUUUUUUUCUCUCUCCUUUCUUUCUCUCUUUUUUUUUUCUCUCUCCUUUCUUUCUCUCUUUUUUUUUUCUCUCUCCUUUCUUUCUUUUUUUUUUUUUUUUUUUUUUUCUCUCUUUUUCUCAUCCUCUCUUUGUUUGAAUAA